CAUUGCAUGCAAGAAACUUGCACGGGAGAAAAUCAUUACUUUGACUUAUUACCGGGGGCUUUCUUUAUUCAAAUGCAAUAAUCACCUCACAGAGCAGGUGCCAUUGCAAGGGUUUAUUGAUCCUCUGCUCUUCUAGAAAUUCCAGGAGGCCGUCACUCACUCCGCCGGGAGACAGAGGUGGUCAACAAAAAAGAACUCAGUCUCAGAGAAGGCUGAAGGGAAGUGGGAGAAAACCCCUGUCCAUCGUCGUCGUAACGAAGAGGGGCUGGAGGAGAGACAGCGCUUAGAGGCUGCAGUGGGCAGGAGGGAGAGGGAGAGAACACCACAGAGAGCUGGCCCAGGGGUCUGGGAGGCUGCGUCCUUCAGGCGUCCAGAGAAAGGGUCUGCGGCUCCACAUCACGGUUCCCAAGAGUUAAAUUUCACCAGCAGCCGGGUCUGGAUGGGAUCGCUUCUGGGCGCAACACGGGACGCUGAUCACAAUCAACUUGGACAAGUGACAAGACCGAGUCUGAUGCCGAUGGAUGUCUUUUAAGGUCGUUGGAGGCAGCGAGCUCAGGGCCAUGGAGCCGCGGGCGCUCGUCACGGCGCUCAGCCUCGGCCUGAGCCUCUGCUCCCUGGGGCUGCUCGUCACGGCCAUCUUCACCGACCACUGGUACGAGACCGACCCCCGGCGCCACAAGGAGAGCUGCGAGCGCAGCCGCGCGGGCGCCGACCCCCCGGACCAGAAGAACCGCCUGAUGCCGCUGUCGCACCUGCCGCUGCGGGACUCGCCCCCGCUGGGGCGCCGGCUGCUCCCGGGGGGCCCGGGGCGCGCCGACCCCGAGUCCUGGCGCUCGCUGCUGGGGCUCGGCGGGCUGGACGCCGAGUGCGGCCGGCCGCUCUUCGCCACCUACUCGGGGCUCUGGAGGAAGUGCUACUUCCUGGGCAUCGACCGGGACAUCGACACCCUCAUCCUGAAAGGUAUUGCGCAGAGAUGCACGGCUAUCAAGUACCACUUUUCUCAGCCAAUCCGCCUACGAAACAUUCCUUUCAAUUUAACCAAGACAAUUCAGCAAGAUGAAUGGCACCUGCUUCAUUUGAGAAGAAUCACUGCUGGCUUCCUGGGCAUGGCUGUAGCUGUCCUGCUCUGUGGCUGCAUUGUGGCCACAGUCAGUUUCUUCUGGGAGGAAAGCUUGACCCAACAUGUGGCUGGACUCCUUUUCCUCAUGACAGGGAUAUUUUGCACCAUUUCCCUCUGCACGUAUGCUGCCAGCAUCUCCUAUGAUUUGAACCGGCUCCCGAAGCUAAUUUAUAGCCUGCCUGAUGAUGUGGAACACGGCUACAGCUGGUCUAUCUUUUGCGCCUGGUGCAGUUUAGGCUUUAUUGUGGCAGCUGGAGGUCUCUGCAUCGCUUAUCCGUUUAUUAGCCGGACCAAGAUUGCACAUCUAAAGUCUGGCAGGGACUCCACGGUAUGACUGUCCACGCUCAAGUUCACUACUCGGUGGCCCAUCCACAGUGUGGACAGCUCCUGAGAGGAACGUAGUGGAAUUCGAGUUGAGAUCCCAAGCACAAAACGGUCUUUUACAUUCCAACCUGUUUCCUGCCAGCCCUUUCUGGAUGACUGAUAGAAAAUCAUGCAAAACCUCCAUACCUUUCUACGGACAAGACUACUGUGGAUUCAAGUGCUUUAAUGACUACUUAUGCUUUGACUGUGAGAAAUAGGGAGCAGUGCCAUGGGACAUUUCUAGGUUUAGAAAAAGAGGAAAUUGCAAUGGGAAAAUUUGUAUGAUUGCCAUUUAUUUCAGAAAGUUUGUAUAUAACAAUUACCUGAGAAUCAUUUCUAUUUGCAAAAGGAUUCAUAACAAAGCGAGUAUAAUUUUCUUGUCAUUGUACCAUGCUUGUUAAAUUUUAAUGCAGUAUCUUCGGAACUUGUCCUAAUGGUGUCUUGUUGUUGUCGGCACCAAAUAUUUGUGCAUUUUUUUGUGGAUGUUCCUUGUCACAGGAAGAUUCCUCUUCUGUUGCCUUAUUUAUUUAUUUUAUUUAUUUAUUUUUAAUUGACGUCUCUUCUCUGUCUUCGUACUGGAAUCCAAAUCCCAAGGAGAAAAGACCAACUGUGUAAGAGCUAAUCAGUGACACUAUGCAGCAUUGUUUGAUGUCUUACUUGUUGUUUAACCUCUGUCUCUUUAUGUUAACUGGAUUUCUGCAUUAAAUGACUGCCCUCUUGUUAA